AAACACAGCGGCAGAGUCCCAGAUUGAAGGAAAACCAUUGGCGCCCACUCUUUCUCCUCACAAAAAUUCUGUGACACAUUCUUUCCUCUCUCUCUGUCUAUCUCUCUCUCUCUCUCUCUAUGUAUAUAUAGAUAGAUGGGUUCUCUGAGGUUAUUUAUUAUCAGGAGGAUUACAUGAAAUGGUGAGGUCUUGUACAGGAAAACACACUUUUACAAAAGCAACCGUGGUCGCAGCUUUGGGAGGGCUUGUUGGUGCAGUGUUGGUAUUAGAUUUUCUCUGGGCAUCGGUUUCUUCUUCUUCUUCUUCUUCUUCUACAUAUUCAUACACCAUUUGGGCUAAUCACAGAUCUCGUCUUGUAGUCAUCUCAAAUCUCACGGACCCAUCUCAGAACAAGAGAGCAGAUGUUAAAGAGAAGAAGCAACGUGUUCCUGAGGGGUUAUUAAACUAUACUUUUGCUGAUAUAGCCGCGCCCCGAUUAGAAUGGGAGGAGAUGGCACCAGCGCCUGUGCCACGGUUGGAUGGAUCGUCGGUACAGAUUAAGAAUCUUCUGUAUGUAUUUUCAGGAUAUGGAACUAUUGACUAUGUGCACUCCCAUGUUGAUGUAUACAAUUUUACAGAUAAGACAUGGGGAGGAAGAUUUGAUACUCCAAAAGAAAUGGCGCAUUCGCACUUAGGAAUCACAACAGAUGGGAGAUAUGUAUAUGUGAUCUCAGGACAAUAUGGUCCACAAUGCAGGGGUCCGACAGCUCGUGCAUUUGUGUUGGACACUCAAACAAAAAAAUGGCAGAGCUUUCCCCCAUUACCCGUGCCUAGGUACGCUCCAGCAACUCAAAUAUGGAAAGGCAGACUCCAUGUGAUCGGUGGCAGCAAGGAGAAUCGCCACACGCCUGGUAAAGACCACUGGAGUAUUGCAGUGAAGAAUGGAAAAGCAUUAGAGAAAAAGUGGCGAACUGAAGUUUCCAUUCCCCGUGGGGGACCACACAGGGCUUGUGUUGCAGUUGAAAAUCAGCUUUAUGUUAUUGGUGGUCAAGAGGGUGAUUUUAUGCCCAAGCCUGGUUCACCCAUCUUCAAGUGCUCACGCAGGCAUGAGGUAGUUUAUGGUGAUGUUUAUAUGCUGGACGAGAAAAUGAAAUGGAAAGAGUUACCUCCCAUGCCAAAACCUGACUCCCAUAUAGAAUGUUCUUGGGUUCUUGUCAAUAAUUCCAUUAUCAUUGUUGGAGGCACAACUGAAAAGCACCCUGUGACAAAAAGGAUGAUCCUGGUUGGAGAAUUGUUCCGAUUUGAUCUACGCUCACACAAAUGGUCAGUGAUUGGAAGGCUUCCCUACCGUGUGAAAACUACUCUGGCCGGUUUUUGGGAUGGAUGGUUGUAUUUUACGUCUGGACAGCGGGACAGAGGACCCGAUAAUCCCCAACCAAGGAAGGUCAUUGGAGAUUUGUGGAGAACCAAGCUGAGCUUGUGAUAUGAUCUUGUCUGACUACACAUUGUAAUCAUAUCAAAACUGUUUCAAUCCCAUCUUCUCCCUCAUGCAUUUCGAAGCUGUUUCAUUUUUGUUGUAAUUCUUCCUUUUCCCAGGCUAGGUGUAGUCUAGAUCUUUAUUCUUAUUUAUUUAUUUUGUUCUUCGAGAAUUGUAUUCAGAGGCGCAUGUUCAAUUACAGUUCUUGUAUAAUAAUUUUAUAUUAGACAUCACUAUAAAGAUAAAAAUAAAUAAAAUUUUUCAUUCAUCUCAAGUUAGAUCACAUUCAGAUCA